UUUCGAGUGUUCGGGAAAGUGUCAUCGGCACGCACAGCUCAACUCUUUACAGACCGACAAACUUUCACUGCCGGUACGAGCGCUUCACCGCUGCUGCCUCUCGGAACUCCAUAUCCCGACGCGAGUGAGCGAGACCCGCGACAGUCUGCUAUGAGAAAAUGUCCGUGAAUGAUGUAUACGUGUUCCGGCCGUUCAAACUCAUCGCUCUUCUCUGCGUGUUUCUCGCACUUUGCCUGGACAUUGUCGCGCUGCUGAGCCCCGCGUGGGUGACGGCGGAUGGAUACGCGCUGUCGCUAUGGGAGUCAUGCAGGGAGAUCGACACCGACUGGACCUGCAUCUCCACCCUCAAGUCUGACUGGCAAAUAGCGACGCUGAUAUUGUUGUUAGCCGGGGCAUCUGUGACAUUAGUGGCAUUUCUUAUCGCACUGAUCUCUUUGUGUAAAGGCACACACAGAAGGCACUAUCGUAUGGUUGCAGUGUUCCUCUUCUCAGCAGUGGUCCUCCAGGCGUGUGCUCUGGUUCUCUACCCGAUCAAAUUCAUUGAUGGCAAAGUCUUGCAAACGUAUCACGAGUUCAACUGGGGCUACGGGCUGGGCUGGGGCGCCACCAUCUUCAUGCUGGGAGGAGGAAUCUUAUUAUGCCUCAGAACAGACAUAUAUGAAGAUGCCAUGUACUAAGGGCUCCAAUACAUAAUCAUGCUCACUCAGUAGACCUUAAACACUAUAUCUGUCAAAGCAAGCAAGUAACCAAUCUCUAUUACAUACAGAACAGGAUACCUACAUGCAGCACACUCACAACACAUACAAACGUUCCAACCCCAUGUCAUGAGAAUUCAUAAAUAUCAAAACAUCACCAUGAAUCUCCACUCCCUACACCUAACCCUUAAAGGGGAAGAGAUCAUACAAAUUCAU